UGUUUAGCAACAAGAAACACAAGUUCCACCACAAACUCGUAAACUCUAAACUGGCAGGGCGAGUCGCUCAGUCCAGUCUCUCUGGUUCUUGAGUUGCUCCUGUAUAUUUAUCUUCGGUGCUCUGUUCCUCCACUUGGGUCAUGGUUGUGCAUGAAGAACCUGGAAUGAUGCCCAGACCUGGUGUGGAUUAUUCCAUCCUGUCAACAGUUGCUUCAUCUUCUGUCUCUGACCAUAAAAAGAUCAAAACUCACCCUGCUAUGAAGGAGUUGAAUAAAGAAAAAAGAAAAAAACACAAACACCCCAAACCAAGUCAAGGGUAUAGAGAAGAAAACGGUAAGAGCAAGACAACUCCUAGAGCACAUGAAGGGGGGGAAUCCAUGCUGGAGUGGCCUUCAUCAUCAUCAUUCUCCUCAAGGAUAAGCACAAAAACCCAGGUGGAAGCCGAAGUGGACUUCAAAGAACACAAAAUCUACACAAGAGAAUCGAGAGGUGGCGAUGGAAAUAAAGGUGGAAUGCAGGUGGAAUUACAAGCUGUGAACAAACGUCCUUCAUCCUCUACAGACUCGUUUCUGAGAACCAAAAACCUGAAGAGUUUGAAGGGAUAUAAAGAAGGAUGCUCCAUCAAUGUCUCCUCUAUUGGUGUUCCUCUUCCCCACACCUGCCUGGAGAAGAAAAGAGCACAAGAAAAAAAACACUGGGUGAAAAUGAGACAUGAGACUCCAGAAAUUAAGAGACCGACUAAUUUCGAUUCCAAUACAGAAGACAAAACUUUCUUGAGAUCUGUGCAGUCAUUCCAGUCCACCUCAUCCAGGUCCAGCUCCUCUUCCAACUCUGACCCCAAAUUUGAGCCGACGCAGAUGCACAGCCGGGGACCUUUGCACUCCAUGGUGGAACAUGUGUAUAUAGACAACUCUGAUGAGGUGAAGAUGGCCAUGAAGGACACCACCACAAUCCAGGACUCAUGCUUGUUCUUAGACAGUGACAGUUAUGACAUUGAAGAUCCUCACCACCACAAACAGGAGCAACUGCCACCCAUACCCAAACUCAACACAAACAACCUUAAGAUAUUACACAAGAAGAACCCAGAUUUUUCCCAAAGAGAAAAUGUUCUCCAGGAAAACAAGGCUUACACAGAGGAGCUGGUGGACCUCCAUCGCAGACUGAUGGCUCUAAGAGAGAAGAAUACCUUACAAGAGAUAGUGAACCUCAUUGAAAAGACGGGACUCUUCAACAUCACAAAAACCACCUUUGACUUCAACCUUUUCUCCUUGGACGUACCCACUGUGCGUAAACUACAGAGCUACCUGCGGGCCAAGAGGUCAUGACAAAAAAGAAAAUCCCAGUCUGGAUGAAAGCUCUGUCUGGUAUUGAGGCUUAGUGGUGGACAUAAUGGACAUGAUGGACAUGGACAGGGAUUGAAGGCGUUCGUAUGGUUUUGCAGUUCAUCAAAAAAAAUCUAAGCAUUUGCACAGUGUAUGAAACUUUUUUUUUAUUACUAAUGAAUUAAUUAUAGACAUUCCACAUGAACAGGUUAAUAAACUGUGAAGUUUAUUUAA